UUUGCUGCUUUUUCUGCUGAUGUUGCUUUAUGCUUUGGAUUAUUGUCUUGUUACAUUAUCCACACAUUUAAUUUCAUUUUUGCUUAUUUUUAGUUAUUUUAAUGUGUAGUUUCUAUGAUUCAAAGUUCUGCACUUUAUCGUGUCUUUAAAUUACAAACAUAGGGGCUUUAUUCAAAUAUAGGGGCUAGUAUAAUGUUAGUACAUUCGCCUCACACCUUCAGGGUUGCGGUUGGGGUUCGAUUUCCACCUCCACCCUGUGUGCGCAGAGUUCACAUGUUCUCCCCGUGCUUCAAGGGUUUCCUCCAGGUACUCCGGUUUCCUCCCCUAGUCCAAAGACAUGCACUGUCGACUGAAUGGCAUUUCCAAAUUGCCCGUAGUGUAUGAAGGCGUGUGUGAGCGUGUGUGCGAUUGUGCCCUGCAAUGGGUUGGCACCCCGUCCAGGGUGUCCCCCAUCUUGUGCCCUGAGUCCCCUGGGAUAGGCUCCCCUGUGACCUUGUGUAGGAUAAGCUGUACAGAAAAUGGGUGGAUGGAAGUUAUGUGUACUCUGAGAUGGGCUAACCACAUGCUUAAGAUAAUUUUAUGGGCUCCCAGUUGAGAUUAUGUAAAUUACCUGUGUGUAAUUACAACAAUCUUAAAAUUAGCAUUUGUUCCAGCAUGUCCUAUUAUUUUGCAUUUUUUUAUGUAUUGCAAAAACAGAUACUCGUACACACAACAUAAUGAAUGAAUGUUGGUCAUGGAGUCUUUAUGCUUUUUUUCACCAUUUUGAAUUAUAGAAUUAUUACAACAAUUCCAUUGUUUUUUAUGUGCUCUCUUGUAAAGAAAAGUGCCCAAAGAGAAACUGACCAAGCGCCCAUCUGCUAUGCUUACAGCUCACUUAAAGUCAUUUGUUAAAGUAAUUUAAAAGUAAAAGUUAAAGUAAUUUGAUACUAUUAAUUACUAUGAAUUAAUAAUGUUCUAUUUUUGUAUUUAAUAUUGGCUUUGAUUGGAAUUCCAUUUUUUUUAUUGUUUUUUCUUUUGCAUUUGCAUCCCAAAACAUACAUUUCAGCAUAAUAUUGUGGUGACUUAAAAUACUGAAAUGACAGUGGCACUAGGCUCUCAAUCCAAUAGCUUGCAAGAAAAUACACUUAAGUUCAAGUUAGAACUGCAUAUAAUUGAGCCAUGCUUUUGUUUCACUGCAUGUGUAACUCUCAUGCAACUUCGGAAUUGUGCUUAAGUCUGGAGUUAAAGCAUGUUUGAGGUCUGAAUACUGUUGUGUGCAAUGUGAGUAUUAAAUCCUCACUAUGCAGGCAUCACUCAACUCUGAAUAUGGCCCUAGGAAAAUAAACCCACCCCUGUGUAUUUGUUUUGCUAAAACACCAAGAACAUAGAUAAGUCUGACCUGUAAAUGACAUUCAUUGGCAUCGAACAUAAAGGUAAUCUUUAAGAUAAUAAUUCCCACUGACUGUUGCAUUUUUAAAACAUUUCAGACUGGCUUUAACAUACAUUAUCAGCUUCCAUAAUAUAUCUGCAUACAAUUAUAUAAUAUCAGUUUACAUAAUCUCAGAUAAAAACAAUUAACUGAUAAAGAUCAGGUUUUAUAUAUGCUCGAUUGAGGUGGCUGUUGUGUGUGUAUGAGGAAAAAGAAAUCUGUGGAGGCAUGAUGAAGUGUCUGUUACUCGGUCUACUCUGUCUGGCUCUUACUGAGGGACUCGUCAGAGUUCCUCUUGUUAAAAAGAAGACCAUAAUGAAGGAAAGGGGUCUCCUCAAGGAAAUGCUGAAGUACGCACAGUACAGCUCUCAGCAAGGUUACUUUGAGAGCCUGAUCAACCAAUAUGAUAUGGCUUAUUUUGGAAAGGUUGGUAUUGGAACUCCUCCACAGUACUUCUAUCUCCACUUUGACACCGGCUCCAGCACUCUUUGGGUCAACUCUGUUUAUUGCAACAGUGAUGCCUGCAACAGUCAUCCUCUCUUCAACCCAAGCCAGUCAUCCACGUUCACCAGCAAUCAACAGCCAUUUUCAAUCAAGUAUGGAACAGGCAGUGUCCAGGGGUUCCUUGGCAAUGACACAGUCACAAUUGGUCAGCUGACUGUCACAAAUCAGCAGAUCGGUUUAAGCACUUCAGAGCCUGGUGAUCAUUUUGCAAGGCCUCUUCACGAUGGACUCAUGGGUCUGGCCUUCAGGCCUCCUACGUACCAGACCAUUGUGGACAAUAUGAUCCAAGAAGGUGUUAUUGAGGAACCUAUCUUUGCUUUUUACUUAAGCAGCGACUCUGAGAAUGGAAGUGAGGUUGUGUUUGGUGGAGUUGAUCCCUCUCAUUACGAAGGUCAAAUCAACUGGGUUCCUGUCCAACAAAACAGCCACUGGCAACUGGUCUUUGAAGGUUUUGAGGUGAAUCACCAGUCGACAGGAUGGUGUGAUUCUGGAUGUACUGCUAUUACAGACACAGGAACGUCACUGCUGCUGUGCCCACCACAGUAUGUAGACUCUCUCCAUCAAAUGCUGGGAGCCCAACAAGACAGCAAUGGAAACUAUGUGUUCGACUGUAAUGCAGUGAGCAGUCUUCCUCCACUGACGUUCGUUAUGAACGGAGCUCACCUGCAUUUGCCGGGUACUGCAUAUGUGCUUCAGGACGAAGAUUCUAACUCAAACUGUCAGAGUGGCAUCCGGGCAUCACAUGAGGAGUACAGAAAUGGUUAUCCUUACUGGAUCCUGGGUGAUGUCUUCCUCAGGCAAUUCUACUCUGUGUUUGACCAAGGAAAUGCUAGAGUGGGAUUUGCUACCUUAGCAUAGAGUUAUCCAACACACUCUGAAGCACCAUGAAGUCAUGAUUCUAUUAUUUCAUGAUUAAGAAAAAGAAUAAACCAAACUGUGGUUAAAUGUCUAAGAUUUGUUCAUUGUGUCUUCAUUUGUUACAAAAAUAUUCCCAUGUUGUGGCCAACCAAGUGAAGUGACUUUUCUUUUCUUUUUUUUUCUUUUGCAAGAAUUGAAUCAGGUUUACGUUAGCAGUAGAAGGGGCAACUGGAAAAAUGGACCAGUAGUACAUUUUUACUUUUUUGACUAAAAUGUAAUGUAUGCUUUCUCUAAUUUAUGUCACAUUGUUCAGAUUUUUAAUUUGACUUAUUUACACUGUGUGCUAUUUUUUAUCAAGCAGUGGUGGGAUUUUAACUUACGACUUUCCGAUUAGUAGUCCAACAUCUUAACCACUGAACUACCACUACCAUAAAUGAGGCAGAUUGCCCUAAAUGAGGCUGUUGGUUCAGGGGUCUUAGACAAAACAAUCAAAUUCUUCAAAAUUCCACAUGAAACCUCAUUUAAACCAACAUCAGAAUAAAAUGUCUAAAUAGAAGCAUGAA